UCUCCUCCUUUUCUAAAAUCUCUGGUAGAUCUAUCUUGCGUCUUAUGUGCGCAAAGGCCCGACAAAUGUGUAAACUCUGAUUGGAAGAGCAAGACCGACAAAAGCCCCCACGGUAGCCAAUCAACGCACACACCAAACAAAUACACUCGAAUCAGAUUGGACCGUUGUCACUCUUGAGCUGCUGGCAAUGCUAAAAUAGUCGCAUUCUACGAAAGACCUUUGAAAUUGGAUCACAUAUCGGUACAUCACCACUAGCUUCCUUAAUUAACUCAAAGGUGAGUCAUGUCGUCGGUUUUCUCCAGCACGGACUCUGUGGGCGCCGAGCCCUCCGUCUGCCCCAACGCAGCCAAGCUCAGCAACGCACAAGCCAACGAAGUGGCUGCCAUUUUGAAAGGGGGGUCCAAGGUCAACGGAGAAGCCAUGUUGAACGGCCACAAGCUCUCCAUGAAUGGAUCUGCUCAAGUGAACGAGGACAGUGCUGGCCAUAAGGCUCAGAAUGGACGCGUGAACGGGAACGAGGGGGAGAACAAUCUAGAGAAGGCAGCCGCAGGCGUGGAGGAGAGGCAGUGGAUCCGUCCUGACUUGCCCAGCAAAUGCACUUGGAAACUGGGCGGGUCUUCCGUAGAGUCCCCUCACUGCCACUCUGAACUGACUGAAGCUCCCAGCAUUCUACCCAACAUCCUCGGGAAGAUCGGAGACACACCUCUGGUCCGCAUGAACAAGAUCCCCAAAGCCUUCGGCCUUAAGUGUGAACUCUUGGCCAAGUGUGAGUUCUUUAACGCAGGGGGCAGUGUGAAGGACCGUAUCAGUCUAAGGAUGGUGGAGGAUGCAGAGAGAGAUGGGAUCCUCAAACCAGGAGACACCAUCAUCGAGCCCACCUCUGGCAACACAGGUAUUGGUCUGGCCCUGGCCUCUGCAGUUAAAGGCUAUCGCUGCAUCAUCGUCAUGCCUGAGAAGAUGAGCAUGGAGAAGGUGGAUGUGCUUAGAGCCUUGGGGGCGGAGAUCGUGCGUACCCCAACCGCCGCCCGCUUUGAUUCGCCGGAAUCCCACGUGGGCGUGGCCUGGCGUCUGAAGAAUGAGAUUCCCAACUCUCAUAUCCUGGACCAGUACCGUAACCCUAGCAACCCCCUGGCCCACUACGACACCACUGCCGAGGAGAUCCUGGAGCAGUGUGAUGGUAAGGUGGACAUGUUGGUGGCAGGAGCUGGCACCGGUGGCACCAUCACUGGCAUCGCCCGCAAGCUGAAGGAGAGAUGCCCCAACAUCAAGAUCGUGGGUGUGGACCCUGAGGGUUCUAUACUGGCUGAGCCAGAGGAGCUGAACAAAACAGAUAAGACCCAGUACGAGGUGGAGGGCAUCGGAUACGACUUCAUCCCUACUGUACUAGACAGAUCUGUAGUUGACAGGUGGUAUAAGUCCAAUGACGAUGAGUCUUUUGCCAUGUCACGCAUGCUGAUCAGGGAGGAGGGGCUUCUCUGCGGAGGUAGUUCAGGUACGGCCAUGGCUGCAGCAGUUAGAAUGGCCACAGAGCUGAAGGAGGGCCAGCGCUGUGUCGUCAUCCUGCCUGACUCCAUCCGCAACUACAUGUCUAAGUUCCUGAGUGAUAACUGGAUGUGUGAUAAGGGCUUCCUAACCCCAGAAGACCUGAUGGUGUCCAAACCCUGGUGGUGGAACCUGAGUCUGCAGGGUCUAAACCUAUUUUCCCCCCUCACUGUGCUGCCUUCAGUCAACAUCAAGAAGACCAUCAAGAUCCUCAAGGAGAAGGCCUUCGACCAGGCACCCGUCGUUGACGAGUCCGGCGUGAUCCUAGGGAUGGUUACCCUGGGCAAUAUGUUGUCUUCAGUACUGGCUGGGAAGGUCAAGGCCUCUGACCCUGUCGCCAAGGUGCUUUACAAACAAUUCAAACAGGUGCGAUUGACAGAUAACCUGGGUAAGCUGUCCCGUAUCCUGGAGACAGAUCACUUUGCCCUGGUGGUGCAUGAGCAGAUCCAAUACAUGGAAGAUGGCUCGCCCUGUCUUAGACAGAUGGUAUUCGGGGUGGUGACCGCCAUUGACAUGCUUAAUUACAUCACCACGCGCGAGCGGCAGGGAAGCACACGCGAGCGCACGCUGUCAGAGUGCUCAAUAACGUCAGAGUGCUCGCUGACCGACUAGCUGUGACCACUUCCUGUUUCCUGUGGAGAGGAGGAAGUGACCGCCCACCUGACACCCUCUAAGUAACGACAAUGACAAUGAAGAAGAUGAUGAAGAUGAUGUAGAAAUUUAGAAGUGGUGGGGGUUAUGGUUUAGUCUUAAAAUAAGUCAAUAUUAAUUUCCUCCCUUUUGACUACAUUGAUUUUGUUAUGUCUGUGAUGAUAAUAAUUAUUCACUGUAGAUUAUACUGCGAUUGAAGCAGCUUAGCUGGUUUCAGAUACAUGGUUUUCCUCUAACUUUAAGGUAUGGAAAUUGCAUGUAACAAACAGUGUGCAACUAGACUGCCUUGCCUCUUCAUUAUUGAAAGUCUUUUACUUUUUUUAUCUCCUUAAAAAUAAUAGUGUUCC